CUCUGCCUUCUCCUCCUCUUACUCUUGGACCUCCACAGCCCUGAGGGGGGACACCCUCCUCAGCGAAGGUUUGAGUACAAGCUUAGCUUUAAAGGACCAAGACUGGCAUUGCCUGAGGCUGGAAUACCCUUCUGGAGCCAUCACGGAGACGCCAUCCCAGGCCUGGAGGAGGUACGGCUGGCGCCAUCCAUGCGGAACAGGAGUGGCGCCGUGUGGAGCAGGACCCCUGUCCUCUUCUCUGCCUGGGAGGUGGAGAUGCAGAUGCGGGUGACCGGGCCGGGGCGCCGGGGAGCCCAGGGCAUGGCUGUGUGGUAUACCCAGGGCAGGGGCCACGUAAGCUCUGUCCUGGGGGCGCUGGACUUGACGGACGGCAUCGGGAUCCUCUUCCACUCCUCGGCCGAGGACACCCAGAGCAGCCCUGCCAUCCGCGUGCUGGCCAGUCACACCCGCAACGAGCCACGUGGGGAUGGAGGCAGCCGGGUGCUGGGCUCCUGCCACCAGGACUUCCGGAACCGGCCGUACCCCUUCAGAGCGCGCAUCACCUACUGGGGGCAGAGGCUGCGUGUGUCCUUGAACAGCGGCCUCACUCCCAACGACCCGGAUGAGGUCUGUGUCGAUGUGGGGCCCCUGCUUUUGGCCCCUGGAGGUUUCUUUGGGGUCUCGGCAGCCACCAGCACCCUGGCAGAUGACCACGAUGUCCUGUCCUUCCUGACCUUCAGUCUGCGUGAGCCGGGUCCAGAGCCUCCUCCGCAGCCCUUCCUGGAGACGGAGCAGCUCCGCCUGGCAAGGCAGCUGGAAGGGCUGCGGGCAAGGCUGGCCCUGGGCACCAAGGAGAACAUGAUUCCAAAGCUGAACUAUGAAGUCCAGGAAGAGGGGGAAAGAAGCUUUGACCUGGAGGAGAUGCUGCACAGACACAGCCAGAUCCUGCAGGCUCUCCAGGGUCUCUCCAAGCACUUGACCCAGGCUGAGAGGCAAUGGAAGAAGCAGCUGGGGUCCCCAGGCCAGGCCAGGCCUGAGGGAGGCUGGGUCCAGGAUGCCCCCUGCCAGGUUCUACCCACCCCUGAGAGAGGUGGCUACCUCUCCAGGUCACUCGGCAAGACAGACUCAGCCAAGGUCAGUGCCCUACUCUGUGGACAGCGGACUCUGCUCCAAGACCUGCAAGAGAUGAGGGAUGCAGCUGCUCACAUGGCCUCAAGAGCCCAGGUCUUCUACCUGCCUGUGGGCACCAAGCAUCAUUUCUUAGAGCUGGACCAGAUCCUGAGUCUCCUGCAGAAGGACCUGCGGGGUCCAGUGAAAGCGGCAGCCAAGGACCACCGCCCACCUGGCCGGUCCCCUGGGGUUUCCUUGUGCCUGCAGCCUGGCAUCUUCCUGUUCUUCCUCCUCAUCCAGACUGUAGGCUUCUUCUGCUAUGUACACUUCAGGUGGGAGCUGAACAAGAACCUUCAGGACUAUUUGUCCACAGGCAGCCGUCUUCUGAGUCCUGCACCACAAGUCCCUAGGGCCCUGGGGGUUCUGAGGAGGCAGCCCCUCUCCUCCAGCAUAGAUGCGUGA